GAACCUCUUCCGCGAUCCAUGGCGACUGCUGCAUCGGCCAUGCAGCCGUCUCUCGCCUCCACCGCCGCGCCCCGCCGAAAGCGGGUCGCCACCUAUGGCAAGUCGCGUAACAAGACUUUCGCCUUUAACGACGACGUGAUUUCGCCCGAGAAACCGAGGACGAAAGCGGGCGCAACAUCUAGUGGGAGUUGGGGCCCGACCGGCUUGAAGAAUGUGUCGAAACUAGGGUUUGGGGACAAGGGGAGUGACGCGCAAAAGACUGGAGGGGAUGUUUUUGACGUGCCGUCGUCUUCGGAGGAUGAGCUGUCGCAGCCUUCGCCGAAGAAGGCCUUUGCGAAGCCUGUGGUAGCAUCAAGACCGGCGAAAUUGAAAUACACUGCGGGUACUGGGCAGAAGAGUCGGGAUGCGCCAAACGGAGACGAUGUAGUCGUUGGCAUGCCGUUGUCUUCGGAGGACGAGCGAAAGAAGCCUGUGUCAAGAAAUGCACCUGUGGAGACUUUUACUACGUCUCGAUCCGCGAAAUUGGGGAAGGGUAUCGAAAGUACUGAAGAGAAGCAGCCUGCGCAGCCAAUGUUGACGAAGGCUGCGAGGAUUUUCGGAGCCGCUGGGGGGAAGUCAUUAGCAAAACCAAAAUUAGGGAACCCGGCUGAGAUCUCCUCCAAGGCCCAUUCCGCAGUGCCGAAACGAACAGAAGGAAAUUCGAGAGACGCAUCUAAGAAGCCGGAGUACGACAUACUUGACUUGCCGUCAUCAAAUGAGGAUAUCCUCACGAAAAGCCCUGUUACAACGCCAAAGAAGCCAUCCCCGCUUACGAAGCGACCGGAGAAGAAGGGCCCCGUAAUAGCAAAGAAAGCGGAAUACGACAUGUUCGACGUGCCUUCGACGGACGACGACAAACCCCCUCAACGCCAAACCUCACUCAAAUCUCGACCGAAACAAGUUCCUACUUUGAAAUCCAUUGUCCCGUCAAAAGCCACCAAUACGGUACCCUCUCCAAAGCAAUUGACCGAAUCGGACUCUUCUACUACCGCGAAGAAGAGGAAGAGAUACAUACCAACUUCGUCAGCAGGAUCGCAAGGGUUUACAAAUCAGGAAAACGCAUACAAGGAUACAGUCCCUGUAGAGCAUCAGCGGAGCGCGAAACACAUGCGACGGGAUGCAAGCGCUUCGCGGGAUGUAAAGAAGAAGAUCCAAUUCGCGGAGGACGGAAUCUCAGCACCUAGGCCGAAUAAGGCGGAGGUCAUCCAUAAACCGCAGCGAACUCGAACGCGAACAGUUCCCGUUACAGCACCUCUGUCGAAGGGCCAGUCAGCGCCCGCGAAAUUGCAUAAUAUGCUAGCCGUCAGAGAAUCUCGGCCCGUUCGCUAUCCUUCGCCUAUACCGAGCAUUCCAUCAUCGCCCCAAGAGGAUUAUGCCAUGGAAAAUACCGAGUACUCCGAGAUGCUGCCCUCCACACCACCACCACGGCAGUCUGCUUUACCACGAUCGCCAAUGCGUAGUGGAGCUGUUACUCCUCGCCAGAGACAGGCAUGGAGUAAAUUGCUAGGCGAUGAUACUGUCACGCCUGGGAUGCUCAAGCUGGAAGACCUACGCAUCUCGUCGGAGCGCCGCGAGAGUAAGAUGGCUGCUAAGCUCGGACGAUCAUCUUCAGACAUUCCACACACAAUGCACACAAAACGACCACGACUGAUCGAUUCUCUCAAGAAGUCUGCGCCUCCAUCAGAUGAUGAGGAUGAUGGAACUGAAGAGGAGGAAGAAGAAGAAGAAGUGGAGAGCAAGGUGGUAGAUGCGCCCCAGGGUCUCCCAACCAGAACCGAAAAGCGCACAUAUGGCCGAGUUGAGCGAACUUUACUCGCUGCGCCGCAAGAUGUCGGCAACAUCACGGAAGAUAUGGACAUCGACAUCGACGCCGCAGAAGCGUCCCAGUCAUCACAAUCCGCUCCUAUCCUCGCCGACGGCCCGAAGAGAACCUACGCCAAACAGCGCUCGUACCUCAACGAAGCGAAUCUUGAAGCUGAACUUCUCUUUUCGUUGCCUAUGGAAAGCCCGGCUCCAGCAGCCCAGCGGCGAGGACUCAACGCAAAACCACAAUCAGGUCUCGCAAAGUUAGAUGAUGAUGAAGACGAUGACCAGCCUACAAACACGGUCCGCAGUAUUCAUGAGCUCCGCAAGGGCGGCGAGAUCCUCCGGUUUAGGACUGACAUCGAAGCCCUGCUAGACGAUAUCAACGACACGACUUCCUACGGCAGAGCACGACGGCGCAGUGCAAUGCUCGAACUCGCGACCAAACUGUCUGACGCUGCCAUCGUACACCGCGUCAUUGAGCUCGGCCUUGAUCGCCAACUUUUUUCGAGGCUAUCGAGCUCCGAGGACCCAAUUUUCAAUUUCACAGCGGCGGCAACCACUGCAUUCGUGAUCAAAGCAGGUGUGGCUCCGGGCGUGCUCGAACACAUAUACAACACAGGUGCCGCGACGUGCUUUGCGAGCCUGCUAGAACGCGACACAGACAUUCUGCGCAUAGCCAAGGAACGGAAAUCGAAUCUGUCAAAGCUCGCGCAAAAGGAUGUGAUCGAGUUUCGCAAGGUCGUUCACGAUUCUGCUCUCUGGAAGGAUGACAGGCCGGGCCUGAUAUCCCCUCAGCUAGUAGCUCUUCGUGGUCUCGACCUUCUCGUACGUGGCCUCAGAAAGGUUGGGAGUAAAGACGAUUUGCAAGACGAUCAGGUGGUAUCGAAGUUACUUGAGAUUGCCGAUACGCACGUGGAGGAUCUGAAGUCCGACCAAAUGCAAGCACCAGACUUCAAGACCCUCAAACUCUGCCUCAGCAUAACGGAAUCACUCUCCCUCAGCGGAGUGAAAGUUGGAGUCUGGAGUUCAAAGAGCCUGAAGCGUGUUGCGUCUAUGAUGCCUUUCUUCAUAGACACUUUAGGAACUGAGAGCACCGACACGGCCCUGGAGAUGAAGGCGACGCUCGACCGCCUCGCCAUCCGACUCGUCAUCAACCUGACCAACAAUAAUGUACGCGCCUGCGAAAUCUUCUCGACUAGUGCACUUGUGUUGCCGCUAUGCCGAUCUAUCGAUCGAUUCUUCAACAUCCUGGAUGAAGACCAGAUCGACGAGGAGAGCAGGGAGACGAUCCUGGAAAGCCUUUACCUAAGCUUGGGUGCUAUGAUCAAUCUAGCCGAAUUCAGCGAUGCGGCUCGAGGCGCGGUGUGCGAAAAGAAGGCUAGUGAGGGAGACGUAAUGCUUGAAAGGCUGGUUAUACAUUUCCUAAGUGGCACUGAAAGGGCCGCGGAGGCCGACUCCCUCGAAGCCUCCAGGUCCAAUGUCGCAUACGGCUACCUCACCGUCCUGCUCGGAAAUCUCUGUCAAAACACGGAUGUUAAGCGCAAGGUUGUCCGCAAGCUGCCCAACCAGAAGAUCGACAUACUCGUCAACGCUGUCACCGAGUUCAUCGAGUACAACCUCCGAGUCGACCAAGAAGUGCGCAUGCUAGAGGGAGAUGAGGGGAGGGAAGUCUGGAGCGGCUUCACGGAGCGGCUAGGGAAGGUGGUACAGAGACUGGUCGCUGUUUAAAGACGGCUUGAUACGACAACUGGGGACGGAAAUGCUGUGGGCAGGAAUGCCCUGGAGCUGAUAAUUGCUU